GAUCGCCUUUCUCACGCCCAAACAAACAGCAGGAAAGUUACUUUAAAAUCUUUUUUCCUUCCGGGAUCGCGGUUAAUGAACCAUCGCAGGCGAGAGAGACGGGGAAUCAUCAGUCAAUCGGUCAAUCAAUCAAUCAAUAUCGCGAGCGAGCGAGCGAGCGGGUCGAAGAGAAAAAACUUUGCCCAGUUAGGAGUUUUGUAACCCCCUCCCCCCGAAAAAAAGUAUCUCCGGUGGUGAAGUGUCUAAUGGGUUACAUCCGGCCUGGUGACGAGUGAAUGGAGCUCACCCAAUGGAUGGAUGUCAACGCGAUGCAAGGCUGCUCGAAUAUGUUCAGUCCUGGGAGCUAAAAUCAUCAACUCGGAGACCAGAUAGCCACAAUCACUGAGUGGUUAGUGAGUGAAAGCUCUGUCUGAUAUCCCCGAGCCCCGGCGUGUGAGAGAGAAGCGGUGUGAGGGGGUGGGCUUUGUGAGAGGGGCUGUGUGAGAGGGGCGCGGGCUGUGCGCUCAUAGAUCGCAGAGCCAUGGCGAAAGAGAUGGUGAACUUGUCGUUCUUGACUGAAAAAGAGAAGGAAGAGAUUUUGUCCGUUCUCUUCCGGGACGAGGAACUGCGGAAAGUCGAGGAAAAGCGCAUCAGGAGGUUGAAAAAUGAGCUACUGGAAAUUCGUCGCAAGGGAGCGAAGCGUGGGAGCCAGGACUACAGCGACAAGACAUGCGCACGAUGCCAGGAGACACUCGGUCGCAUCAUGAAGAGCGGCAACGCCUGCCGCCAGUGUAACCACCUGGUGUGUAAGGCCUGCAGGGUCCUCGAGGAGGGGGGUCGCUGGAAGUGCACCGUGUGUGUCAAGGAGGGAAAGCUAAAGAAAAAGACUGGAGACUGGUUCUUCGAGUGCCGAGCAAGCCGUUACGCCAAUGAUUUUGGCAGCGAUAUUAUCCGAGCGUCACUGAAGAGGAAACACGGCUUAAAUAAGCGAGACACAGCGGGUCAGACGCUGCUACAGAAAGCCCUGGCCAACGAGGCCAAAGUCAGCAAUGCAGCGAAGGCGAGACAGAAGCCGCCUGGAGAUGGCGGGAGAGUCCUCAGCACUCUGUCUGAAACACAAGAAUCCGCAGGACAGAUGAGUGACACUGAGUCCACUGAACGCAUGAGCCUCAACAGCUACAAGACGGAGUCUAAACGCAGCACACCCAACAGCUCCAGACAGAAUUCUGUAACCGACUACAAGAGUGACCGCCUCAGUUCCAAAUCCCAGCCCUCAGGCAGCAUGACCCUCCCGGCCAUAUACAGGUCACACAGAUCCAGAGAGAGCAUCGUGCAGUCUGACCAGGACACGGAUAUUGAUGUUCGCUCCAAUAGCCGGGUUACAGUGGAUGAAGGUGGGUCAGAAAACCUCUUCAAAAAGAAUGCAAAAAGUAUCCUGAAACCCACUGAUUACAGUAAAUCCGUGCUGGAUCUGCGCUCGGGAGAUUCCGGCGUCGAUGGUCGCUCAAUGGGAGACCGCAGUCGGUCAGUACCUGGCCUCAAUGUGGAACAGGACGAGGAGGAGGAAGAGGACAUUGAUCAACUGGUGACAAUCCAUCGGCUGGCUAACGCCCGUCAAAGCCUCAAGAGCGCGGGUUCUGCUAGUACAAUCGGCAGCAUGAUGAGCAUCUACAGUGAGGCAGGUGACUAUGGAAAUGUGGCUGUCACUGGGGAGAUCGUCUUCACUAUGAACUAUGACCAAAACAAGCAAAUGCUUAACGUGUAUGUGAAGGAGUGUCACAACCUGGCUUAUGGGGAUGAGUCCAAGAAGAGAUCAAACCCCUAUGUGAAGACCUACCUCCUGCCUGAUAGAUCCCGGCAAGGGAAACGCAAGACCAUCAUCAAACGCAACACGACUGAUCCAAUCUACAACGAGAACCUAAAGUAUGAUAUCAGUGAGUCGCAGUUGAUCAUGAGGACGCUGCAGCUCUCUGUGUGGCACCACGAUCGCUUUGGACGCAAUGUCUUCCUGGGGGAAGUGGAUCUCUCACUGGAUAUUUGGAACUUCAACAGUCAGUUGGAGGAAUGUCUUCCCCUUCAUGGUGAGGCAAAUUCGGAGUCAAGCGGGAUCCCUCCAUACAAAGGAGAGCUGGUGCUCUCAGUAAAGUACAUUCCACCCUCCAAACUCCCUUCCACAGUCACAGACAAGAGUAAGGGGAAGAAAGCCACACAGUCAGUGAAGGAGGGGGGGGAGCUGCAGGUCUGGAUUAAGGAGGCCAAGAACCUGACACCAAUGAAAGUAGGCGGAACCUCAGACACGUUUGUCAAAGGGUACCUUCUGCCGUUCAAAACCAAGACAUCCAAACGGAAAACUCCGGUGAUGAAGAAGACACUGAACCCUCACUACAACCACACCUUUGUUUACAGUGAGGUGAAGCCCGAGGACCUGCAGCACAUCUGCCUGGAGCUGACCAUCUGGGACAGAGAGGCCCUGUCCAGCAACGACUUCCUCGGGGGAGUGCGCCUUGGGAUUGGGAAUGGGAUGAGCAAUGGGAAGCGAGUGGACUGGAUGGACUCGGUGGGAGAGGAGGUCAACAUCUGGCAGAGGAUGACUCAGUACCCAGGCUCGUGGGUGGAAGGAACAUUGCUGCUUCGUCCAAAAAUGGGCGAACGCAACUAAUCUGUGGAUCUGGAGACAAUGUGGAUCUCAGCAAUGUGCCAAGGACUCUACAGGUCAGGUGGUCUUAGCCCUAUGAGCCAUACCAAUCAUUUAUUUUCAAUGAGGAGGGGAAAGGGAAUGUUCUUGUUCAAUCCUAAACUAUCCUUCCCUGGGAUGGAGCCAGCCAGCACUCUGCUUGGAACUAGGGUUGGAGCAGAUUACAACCUCAUCAUUUUGAAAGAAGGAAAGGAACAGGGAGGAAGGAUAUAGAAAAUAAUAUUUUAUUCCAGUAAAUUAUGGGCAAGAACUGGUUAACUCAUGACACCCUGUGGCCAGCCGUUGUUUGGUCUCUUUGUGGCUCAUGCAAUAGCUUUGCAGUGAGGAAACUCAGCCCACGAUCCUUUAGUUCAGGGAUUGUUUGGAAGCAAAGCAUCUGUGUUACUUCUCUUUUUUUAAAAAAAACUUUGGGUAAACACUGCUUUGCAAUAUUUGUCACAAAAUCACAAGUAACAUUCUUUAUUCCUUCCCCCCCCCC